UGCCAACCAGGCGGCGUUGCGGCCCCGGCUCUGCCGCCGCCGCCGCCGCCAGGAGCCGGGCCCGACCGCCCGCCGCCCCGCGCCGGCCGCAUGGCGCUCCGAGGCUUUUGCAGCGCCGAUGGCUCCGACCCCUUCUGGGAGUGGAACGUCACGUGGAACACCAGCAACCCUGACUUCACCAAGUGCUUUCAGAACACUGCCCUUGUGUGGGUGCCUUGUUUGUACCUCUGGGUCUGCGCCCCCUUCUACUUCCUCUAUCUCUCCCACCAUGACCAGGGCUACAUUCAGAUGACACAUCUCAACAAAGCCAAAACUGCCUUGGGAUUUUUGCUGUGGAUCAUCUGCUGGGCAGACCUCUUCUACUCUUUCUGGGAAAGAAGUUGGGGCAAAUUCCUGGCCCCAGUGUUUCUGGUCAGCCCAACCCUCUUGGGCAUCACCAUGCUGCUUGCUACCAGCUUGAGAGGAAGAAGGGAGUCCAGUCCUCAGGGAUCAUGCUCACUUUCUGGCUUAUAGCCCUACUGUGUGCCUUUGCCAUCCUGAGAUCCAAAAUCAUGACUGCCUUUAAAGAGGAUUCUGGAGUCGACGUGUUUCGUGAUGUCACUUUCUACAUUUAUUUUUCCCUUGUGCUGAUUCAACUUGUGUUGUCCUGCUUCUCAGAUCAGUCACCCCUGUUCUCUGAAACCAUCAAGGACCCCAAUCCUUGCCCGGAAUCUAGCGCCUCCUUCCUGUCCAGGAUCACUUUCUGGUGGAUCACAGGGUUGAUGGUCCGGGGCUACCGCCAGCCCCUGGAGGUCACUGAUCUCUGGUCCUUGAAUAAGGAGGACACGUCAGAACAAAUUGUGCCCAUUUUGGUAAAGAACUGGAAGAAGGAAUAUGCCAAGUCCAGAAAGCAGCUGGUCAAGGUCGUGUACUCCCCCACGGAUUCUGCCAAGCUGAAAGGGAGCUCCAAGAUGGACGUGAAUGAGGAGGCUGAGGCUUUGAUUGUCAAGUCCCCACAGAAGCAGCAGAAGCCGUCCUUGUUUAGGGUGCUAUACAAGACCUUCGGGCCCUACUUCCUCAUGAGCUUCUUGUUCAAGGCCCUCCACGACCUGAUGAUGUUUGCUGGCCCAGAGAUCUUAAAAUUGCUCAUCAACUUCGUGAGUGAUAAGAAGGCCCCAGCCUGGCAGGGUUACUUCUACACGGCGCUACUGUUCAUCAGUGCCUGCCUCCAGACCCUCGUGUUGCACCAGUAUUUCCACAUCUGCUUCGUCAGCGGCAUGAGAAUCAAGACCGCCAUCAUCGGGGCCGUGUAUCGGAAGGCCCUGGUGAUCACCAAUUCAGCCCGAAAAUCCUCCACUGUUGGGGAGAUCGUCAACCUCAUGUCUGUGGACGCCCAGCGGUUCAUGGAUCUGGCCACGUACAUUAACAUGAUCUGGUCAGCCCCUCUGCAAGUCAUCCUUGCUCUCUACCUCCUGUGGCUGAACCUGGGCCCCUCAGUCCUGGCUGGAGUGGCUGUCAUGGUCCUCAUGGUUCCUGUAAAUGCUGUGAUGGCCAUGAAGACCAAGACCUACCAGGUGGCUCACAUGAAGAGCAAAGACAAUCGGAUUAAGCUGAUGAAUGAAAUUCUCAACGGGAUCAAAGUGCUAAAGCUUUACGCCUGGGAGCUGGCAUUCACAGACAAGGUGCUGGCCAUCAGGCAGGAGGAACUGAAGGUACUGAAGAAAUCUGCCUACCUGGCAGCCGUGGGGACCUUCACCUGGGUCUGCACACCUUUCCUGCUGGGACUGAGACUCAGAGACACAGGUCAGUGCUGGGCGCUCUGCUUACAGGUGGCCCUGUCCACGUUCGCUGUCUACGUGACCAUUGACAAGAACAACAUCCUGGAUGCCCAGAAGGCCUUCGUGUCCUUGGCCUUGUUCAACAUCCUUCGCUUCCCCCUGAAUAUUCUCCCCAUGGUCAUCAGCAGCAUCGUGCAGGCAAGUGUUGCCCUCAAGCGCCUCAGGAUCUUUCUGUCCCACGAGGAGCUGGAUCCCAGCAGCAUCGAGCGGCGGCCCGUCAGAGAUGGCGGAGGUACGAAUAGCAUCACUGUGAAGAAUGCUACGUUCACAUGGGCCAGGAGUGACCCUCCCGUGCUGAAUGGCAUCACCUUCUCUGUUCCGGAAGGUUCCUUGGUGGCCGUGGUAGGCCAGGUGGGCUGUGGAAAGUCAUCCCUGCUCUCUGCGCUCUUGGCUGAGAUGGACAAGGUGGAGGGGCACGUGGCUAUUAAGGGCUCAGUGGCGUACGUACCCCAGCAAGCCUGGAUUCAGAAUGAUUCCCUCCGAGAAAACAUCCUUUUUGGACGCCAACUACAGGAACAGCAUUAUAAGACUAUAAUAGAAGCCUGUGCCCUCCUCCCAGAUCUGGAAAUCCUGCCCAGUGGGGACCGGACAGAGAUUGGUGAGAAGGGCAUGAACCUGUCUGGGGGCCAGAAGCAACGCGUGAGCCUGGCCCGGGCCGUGUACUGCGACUCCGACGUCUACCUCCUCGAUGAUCCCCUCUCAGCAGUGGAUGCCCAUGUGGGGAAACACAUAUUUGAAAAUGUGAUUGGCCCCAGGGGGCUGCUGAAGAGCAAGACGCGGCUGCUGGUCACGCACGGGAUCCGCUACCUGCCGCAGGUGGAUGUCAUCAUCGUCAUGAGUGGCGGCAAGAUCUCGGAGAUGGGAUCCUACCAGGAGCUGCUGGCCAGGGACGGGGCCUUUGCGGAGUUCCUGCGCACCUAUGCCAGCAGUGAGCAGGAACAGGAGGAGCAGGACAGCGGGUCAGCAGGCAUCAGCGGUCCAGGGAAGGAGGUGAAACAAAUGGAGAAUGGCAUGCUGGUGAGCGACACCAUGGGGAAGCAGCCGCAGAGACAGCUCAGCAACUCCUCCUACAGCGGGGACGCCAGCCGGCACCACAACAGUGCCACUGAGGUGCAGAAAGCUGGAGCCAAGGAGGACACCUGGAAGCUGAUGGAGAGAGACAAGGCUCAGACAGGGCAGGUCAAGCUCUCCGUGUACUGGGACUACAUGAAAGCAAUUGGGCUCCUCCUGUCCUUCCUGAGUAUCUUCCUUUUCCUGUGUAACCAUGUCGCCGCUCUGGCCUCUAACUAUUGGCUCAGCCUCUGGACCGAUGAUCCCAUUGUCAAUGGUACCCAGCAGCGCACGGAAGUCCGGCUGAGCGUCUAUGGAGCCCUGGGCAUUUUGCAAGGUGUCACGGUGUUUGGCUACUCCAUGAUGGUGUCCAUUGGGGGGAUCUUCGCCUCCCGCCGCCUGCACCUGGACCUGCUGCAUAAUGUCCUCCGGUCGCCCAUGAGCUUCUUUGAACGGACUCCCAGUGGGAACUUGGUGAACCGCUUCUCCAAGGAGCUGGACACGGUGGACUCGAUGAUCCCGCAGGUCAUCAAGAUGUUCAUUGGCUCCCUGUUCAGUGUCAUCGGUGCCUGCAUCAUCAUCCUGCUGGCCACUCCCAUUGCUGCCAUCAUCAUCCCGCCCCUGGGCCUCAUCUACUUCCUCGUCCAGAGGUUCUACGUGGCCUCCUCCCGGCAGCUGAAGCGCCUAGAAUCAGUGAGUCGCUCCCCUAUCUACUCCCACUUCAAUGAGACCUUGCUGGGAGUCAGUGUCAUUCGCGCCUUUGAGGAGCAGGAGCGCUUCAUCCACCAGAGCGACCUGAAGGUGGACGAGAACCAGAAGGCCUACUACCCCAGCAUCGUGGCCAACAGGUGGCUGGCCGUGCGGCUGGAGUGUGUGGGCAACUGCAUCGUCCUGUUUGCCGCCCUGUUUGCUGUGAUCUUCCGGCUCAACCUCCGCGCUGGCUUGGUGGGCCUCUCGGUGUCUUACUCACUGCAGGUCACCACAUACUUGAACUGGCUCGUGAGGAUGUCGUCUGAGGUGGAGGCCAACAUUGUGGCUGUGGAGAGACUCAAGGAGUAUUCAGAAACGGAGAAGGAGGCUCCCUGGCGAAUCAAGGAGAUGACUCCACCCAGCACCUGGCCCCAGGUGGGCCAAGUGGAAUUCCGGGACUAUGGCCUGCGUUACCGAGAGGACCUGGACUUGGUUCUCAAGCACAUCAACGUCACCAUCAGAGGAGGGGAAAAGGUUGGCAUUGUAGGGAGGACAGGAGCUGGGAAGUCGUCCCUGACCCUAGGCUUGUUUCGGAUCAACGAGUCUGCCAAGGGGGAGAUCAUCAUUGACAACACCAACAUCGCCAAGAUUGGCCUUCACGAUCUCCGCUCCAAGAUCACAGUCAUCCCCCAGGACCCCGUUUUGUUUUCGGGUUCCCUCCGCAUGAAUCUGGACCCAUUCAGCCAGUACUCAGAUGAAGAAGUUUGGACGUCGCUGGAGCUGGCUCACCUGAAGGACUUCGUGUCAGCCCUGCCCGAUAAGCUGAACCAUGAGUGCACAGAAGGCGGGGAGAACCUGAGCGUUGGACAGCGUCAGCUCUUAUGCCUGGCCCGCGCCCUGCUGAGGAAGACAAAGAUCCUUGUGUUGGAUGAGGCCACGGCGGCCGUGGACCUGGAAACAGAUGACCUCAUUCAGUCUACCAUCCGGACGCAGUUUGAGGACUGCACCGUCCUCACCAUUGCCCACCGGCUCAACACCAUCAUGGACUAUAAGAGGGUGAUCGUCCUGGACAAAGGAGAAAUCCGGGAGUAUGGCACCCCGUCUGACCUCCUGCAGCAGAGAGGUCUCUUCUACAACAUGGCCAGAGAUGCUGGCUUGGUGUGAGCCCUGGAGCUGGUGUGUCUGGUCAGAACCGCAGGGCUGACAUACUAGCACAAAGGGGCUAAUCUGCAUAGUCGGGAACCCAAGCCUCGCAUAUACAGAAACCAAAAAUAAAAAACCAAAAACCCAAAACACACACAGAGCAAGCACCGUCUGGCUCCCCGCCUGGAACUGGCCUUGAAGAAACAGGAGAGACACAAAGAUGCCACCCACCCAAACCACUCACACCCUUUCUUUGCCUGUGUUACCCUCACAAGGCAUACACACAAUCACAUACCCCUGGAAAUGCACACUUGUGCUCCUGGUGCUCUGUGAGGAGUUUUUGGCAGCCAGACUUCAAGAACAAUUGGUUGGAUGAGAUAUGCUAGUGACCAAAUCCAGCCGGCUGCCUCAGAUCUCCCAGCCGAAGUCUGUGGCUUCUGAGGCUUUGAGACGCUUCCUGGCUGCUGGCCGCCGGCAGCUCUUCACGGCCCCUCUGAUGCCCCCUGCCCGGCUCUACCCAGAAUGCUUCGUUUCCUCUGGGCUGCAGUUUGGAGAUAAGGGCCCGGGUGAAGAUCAUUCUCACCCUUGGGCGGUGUCCCCAGGGCCACAGACACCCCACUCUCGCCAACCAUCUGGUCUUCCUGGCACUCCCAUUCUGGGGCCCAGCGUCUCAGCACUGCCCCCACCAGGACUUGGCUGGACUUGCAGGCAAUCUGGAUCUGGAGCUCCAUGCCUGGUGAUGGGUCUUCUCAAUGCGACUUCCCAGUAUGGUUGCUCACCUCCUCGCCCACUCCAGUCUUGUCUUUGCUUUCUUUUGUACCUGUUUUGGCCCAUUGCUAGAAAGGGUUUACUCCUCUAGGUACUGGAAAGAGAAGAGCUGCUACUGAUUAGGAAGCAUUCAAAGCCAAGAGCACCAGGUGUCUCUCAGGUACAACCAGCUUGUACUGUAAAGUGGCCCAUUGAGUCUCCUCUUCAUUUUUAGAUUUUGAUUUCUCACCCUCGGCAUCUCUUUAGCACAAGGGUGGCAGUUUGGAAAACUUGACAUAUAGUUACUUAGUCUCUUCCAGGAGAAAGAACCUAUUCAUGAAUGUCAGUGAAUUCUUCUUUUCUUUUUUUUUUUUGUUAAGUGCUGCUUCAAGGAGACUUUCAUUUCUUGGGAGGAAAAUUAGGCCGAGGGGCAGCAUUCCCAGGGAACGGCUGAGUUGGCCCAGCAUCUGACAGUUGGUCUGCAUGUUCCUAGAAGAAAACAAACAAUCCUUCAAGGUUUAUUCUUUAGGUCCCUUGGGGACCCAAGUGAGACCUAAAAAGCAGAGAGAGGCCACUGCUGCUCCAAGGUUCAUACUUGCUAUGAAUUAUGUUGCUGACUUCACACCCAGAGAAGCAUCUUUCUUCUUUUAGGUGGAAAUAUAUAUUUAUUUUUUUUUUGUAAGUUAUAUCAUUCUUUCACAUAGGUAAACCAAGUUUUUCUUGGGGAUCUUUUUGUAAUGGCUUACACUGGAACCAUGAACAUUUGCCAAUAAUUUGCAGUAAAAAAAUAUUUUCUUUCUAAA